AUGUCAGACGAAGAGAUUAGGAAACAAGAAGAAGAGCUUAAAAGAUUACAAGAAGAAAUGGACAAAGAGGAUGCUGAGAUGAGACAAAUGGAAGAAGAAAUACGUCAACAAGAAGAGGCGAUUCGAAUAGAAGAAGAAAGGCUUCAAAAAGAAAUUGAAGAAGAAGAACGAAAAGCCCAAGAAGAAGAUGAAAGGUUAAAAGAAGAAGAGGAGAGAGUUAG